AUGACCCUGGAAAAUCCCCCUUUUGUGGCAGAGUUCUUGCCUCGGAUCCAGAGACUUUCUGUGAGUAUCCAACUGGCUGAGGAGCUGGAAUCGUGCUCUCUUUCUUCUGCUGAUGAGCUCCAGAUGACGGUGAAGGGUGGAGCUCGGUACGCUUUCACGCUACCCCAUCCGGUGGUUGAGGUUUCAAAUCUGGUGGAUUUUGUACAAAACGACGGCUUUUGCAAGACUCUGAAGCUUCCCACGCCUAUUUUGCAAUCGGACAGGGUGUAUCUGGACAAGUCCAACAACGUGCUGAUGACCAAAGAGCCCAAGUGGGACCACAACGAACUGGCUAGGAGGCGAUCCACAAGAUCGAAUACGCUGGUGCGAUGUGCAAAUUGUGGCCUCUCGCUGCUGAACCUGUCACAAGUUACUACACUGCGCGGAAUGCCGUCGGAAAUAUGGGCAGAGAUGAUGGAGUACUGGCACUGCCAUAAGCCUGAUGAGGGUAACAAGACUAAUUCCACGGUAGAACGAUACGGAAACUUCACUCCGAGUCCUGGUGGGCUCUUGGUGGGGCCCUACUAUUUUCUAGUGGAUAAAAGCAUAUUGCAUAAUGUUGGAGAGGACGCCGAGUGUUUGGGCUGCGAUUCGGUGCUCGGGGAGACUGGGACGUCUCAGAACUGUUUGAAGAUGAACAAAUGGAGUCUGGAGCUUUAUGAUGGGAACUCAGAAACAUUUCAGCCGUAUCUACACGCUCUAAAUUCACUGGAGAACAGUGUUGGGUGUACUUCUUCGAGAUACUUCAUUGUGGAAUUGGAGAAAUCAAAGCUGCUGGUGUGGGUGUUUGGUUACGGCAUCGGGGUAUCUUCUUUAUUUGGUCAUGGAAAAGGAGUCGUCCAGCAAAAUUGUCUUAAAGUGUUUUAUACAGAUGACGAAGCCCAGAUAGAGAAGUUCAGGUCGGAAAAGUCCCAAGGAUUGGCCAGCAGAGAACUGGAAGUGCUGGAUUUUCCCUCGGUUGUGAUGGUUGAUCUGAUUGAGAAAUUGAGGAUAGGAACGUCUGGGAUCCCAGACGGUGUUCGCAAGUUUGGUUUUUGGAACGUCAGUUAUCUCGGACCUGACUUGUAA